AUGACGAGGAGAUUGACAUUAGAGACAGACGAAGAUCAUAAUUUUGUUUAUGUAAGACCCAAGGCAAUAAUUGGAAGUUCCGGAUCAGCAUGGGCAAGUGAAACUGUUGACUUGAGACAUAGGUCCCCUGAUGUACUCGAGAUGCCAACUUCAAAUGAGCACACUUACACAGAAGCAUUUCGCGGUUUUUGUGCACAUGCUCAUGAUUACCUGUUUCAAUGUAUGGAUAGAGCGAUGUAGUGGAUAUGAGCAAAGUAACCACAAAGUCCGAGUGCCCACACCGUUUGUAUGAAGCCAGCCGUGUUGGUCAUUUACAGAGGGGCCUCAAAAGAGCCUUAGAAACGUUUGACAUGGAUACGUCACUGACUGAUGCAGAGAAAACUUUUGCUACACGUGUCAUACCUACAUUGUCUCAAAUUCAGAGCACCCUUUAUGAGUUAAAAGAUGUUAUAUCGUCCUCUGAAUUUACUGGUGUUAGUGUAGGAGAAAUGAUGAUCCUGAAUGCGAGAGUCAAAGUUUCUUCUACCAGUCUUUUUGAAAUUUUCGAAAACUUGAAGCUUCCCAAAGUCAAGCCAAAAUGGGCUGAUCUUACAGAUGCAGGACCAGGAGUUGGCGUUUCAAACUAUCUUUUGAGGUUUAGAGACUCUGAAAUGGCAAGAUUGUACAAUUCAGAUUAUAGGGUACGUUGUCAUAGAUCGCGAUGUGAUAGUGGUCAGGGCGAGGCUGAACGGACAAAUAGCGCCAUUGGAGAUUCUAUUGUCGAUGGAGAAACCGUUGAGUGGGAGAAAACCAAGUGCUUUCAAGGAAUGACUGAGGAAAUCGAUGUCAGUGAAAGACUUCCAGGAAUACGAGAAAAAAAGAAUGGAAAAUAA